CACUCUUAUCCAUCCGGUGAAGACCUUAAGUCCUCUUUCAACAAUGUUUAUUCACAUUUAUUUCACUCUGGCUGGACUCCUAGUUAGCCAGGCCGUUGCACAUGGCCUGAUUACUCGCAUCCAAGGCGCGAAUGGGGUCGUUAUGGCCGGACUGACUGUUGUGGAUGGUAUGCCUCGGGACUGUCCCUCUGCAGCAUGCGGUGGGCAAAAGGACACGGCAGUCAUUCGCGACCAGGAGAUGGGGAGCAUCAAAGCCUCGGCUUUGGGAAGAACACUUGGAGGAGGCCCAGUCAAUGCUGCUACUGUCAUCGACAAGUUCAUGGGGACUCCGAAAGACCGACGUGGCCACCCUACUCCUGCUGAUCGUCGUCGACAAUUGAUCAACGAUGCUGCGAGUGUUGUCACCAAUGCCGGGGGAACUAUUUUAAAUGGUGUGCAGGACAUCGCUGAUAAGACGCCCUUUGGCGGAACAAUCAAGAGCGCACAAUCUACCGUCGACGAUGCCCUUAGUAUCCUCCCCGGAAUCAAAUCCGGGGCAGUCACUGCGACAGGCACCAAGGAGAAUGGUGUUCAGCUAUACGCCGGAAAGGGAUCCGCUCGCGGCCUUCCUACCGCUUCGGAAGAGGGAAUCGUGACGAUGAUCUACCACCAGGUCAACCAGGAUGGUGCAGGUCCUUUGACAGCCGAUAUUGAUCCCUCGAGCGGCGGAACGGACCCGAAGGCCUUUGUCCGCGCCAAGGUCACCCAGAACAUUCCCGGAGUUGCGGGAUUUUCCACGUCGAGCACAAUGGACUAUGAGGUCAAAGUGCAGGUUCCUUCUGGAGUCCAGUGCCGAGGGACUGUUGGUUCUGCUAAAAACGUCUGCGUCGUGCGGGUUCGCAACACGGCCAUCUCGGGCCCAUUCGGUGGUUCGGCUGCCUUUACGCAAUGAGCACACCAUGGCUCUCUGGUUGAAACGUAGGGGGUCUGGAAGGAUUGCGGGAGAAGUGGUUGUUGUGCUCAGGUCACCUUCCAAAAAAAAUAAAUAGUUACCUUGAACCAAUCAUCGAACUUGAUUUGGGAAGGAGCUACCAAUUCCGACCUACUCAUCGGAUAUGCCAAACAUCACAUUAUUUUGCAGACACCGAUC